AUGGCAUAUCCCACGGCAGCGGCUGAGGCUGCUGCGGCUGCUCCCGCUGCCACUGCCAAGAGGAAGGUCGCUAUUUAUGGAGGAGCGUUCGAUCCUCCAACGAACUCUCACCUGACCUGCGCAGCAGAGAUUGUACAUAGCCGCUGUGCGGAUGAGGUUUGGCUUGUACCUUGCGGGCCACGCCCAGACAAGCCGAAGCUGAAAACACCCGCCAUAGACAGAUACUGCAUGUGCCAGAUUGCCGUGAACACUGUGUUCAGUCCGGAAUUUCCUGUAAAGGUUAGCGACAUCGACGUCGGCAAACAGAUGGCUGCCUACACCUACGACCUGCUCGUGGAACUUAGGGAACAAAAUCCAGGCACAGACUUCGCGUUUGUCAUUGGCUCGGAUUGGCUCCAGGCUGGAACAAACAUCGCUGAAUGGACCUCCUUGAAUCACGCGUGGAAGGAGGGUAUGCCUGAGGCUCUGUCGGAUGCAGCAACAAUCCGCCUCAAGCUUUGGGGGAGAUGA